AGAAAUCAAAGAUGUCAAAUAACAACCAAGAAACAAUUACAAGCCAAAUAUAUCAUGUUCAAGUUAUUGAAACAGAUGCAUCGAUCCGUUGUGGCCUUAAACCAUUCACCAUAUAUCGUUUAAUUAUUGGAUCAAAUCAAUUACAAUUGAAAGCUGAUCAUAAUAAUAAGGAUGAUGAUCGAUUGAAUGUAUUGUUUGAAUGGCCUUAUAAAUAUGUAAGACGUUAUGGUUAUACAAGUAAUAGUAUAUCAUUUGAAGCCGGAUCUAAAUGUCAGACUGGUGAAGGAUUAUUUAUAUUUCGUAAUAAAAAAUCAAAAAUUUUAUACAAUCAGAUUACCAACAAUAUUGAUAGGAUAAAACGACAAAAGAAAUCAUCGUCGAUGAUUGCCGAUGAUGAUUUGAUUGUUGUUGUCAAUGAUGAUGAUAAUAAUAAUAAUAAUAAUGCAAAACGACAACAACAAUGUUCAUCAUCAUCAUCAUCAUUAUCAAACCAUCUUUUGCUGUGUCGGCAACAACGCCAAGACAAGAAUAAACCGAUAGUCUGCGAAUCGUCAACAAUCAUCAAUGAUGAUGAUGAUGAUGAUGAUGAAAACGAUCGGCAAAAAUCAAAUCUAAUUGAACAGCAACAGUCAUUAAAAAUGAUCGAGGAAAAAUUUUUUGAAUAA